UCAUGGCUUCCUUUUAACAAAAAAAUGAUGACAUAAAACUUGCAUUAUACAAGAUAGUCUCAGAAUACAAACAAUUCAUCUCUCAAGAAAUCCAAAGACAAAAACAAGAAAUAAAAAAAGCAAAAUAAAGUUCACUAUUUACAUUUUAUUUCUUCUUUAGCUAUUAUAAACAAUAACAUGAAUUGGCUUAGAAUAAAUAUUCCAGAAAUCCAAAAUUAAUAAAUAGCUAUAUAAAUGAAAAAAGUAAUAAGUAUAUAAAUAAUUAGCGCUAUUUAAUAUCUAUCAAUUCUAGAAACAUAAGUAGAAAAUUUUUAAUUUACAAAUAAUUAAUUGAAUUUAAUUCCUAGAAUGAAGCUCUGAAAAUAGAUAAAAUUUAAACUGAUUAGAUAAUUGGAGACUAAGAGAAUGCAUAAAUUUAUGGUUAAAUGUAUUUACUAUUUACAAGGAUAAUUAAUAGAGGAUAUGGAAAAUUUUAGACAAGCUGUUAAGAAUUUUAUUUUGAUACCUAAUAUUGGUACAUAUCUCAUUUUAUUUCAAUUUAGCCUAGGUUUUAAUCAAAUAAAAUAGAUUAGAAGAAGCAUUGAUUGUAAUUGAAAAGGAAAUUAAAUAAAAUCCUAAAGAUCCAAGAAAUUAUGAAGAAAAAGGUAGAAAGAAUAAUAAAUAAUUUAUUAAAGCAAAUGUUCUAUUGUUGAUGAAUCGACUUACAGAAGCUCUUGAAUUUUCUGAGAAAGCAAUCGAAAAGGAUUCUGACAAUGCAAAUAAUUAUGCAAGGAAAGGUUAAAUAUAUUUACAAUUAUCUGUUAGCUUUUACAUUACUAUAGCUUAAGAGAGGCUAAGAUGCUUUAGAUUAUUUUAAUAUUGCUAUUUAAAAAGAUCCUAAUACUUCACAAUUCUAUGUUGGAAAAGGUUGAUAUCAAUUUAAAGUUUAGCACAUGCUUUAUUGCAUUUGAAUAGAUUCAAUGAAUGCUAGGCUAGCUAUGAUAUUGCUAUAUAAAAAAGCAAAAACAAAUCAGAAUUAUAUGCUGAAAAAGGUAAUUUAAUAAUUCAAAACAUUAUAGCUAAUGCAUUAAGAAUACAAAACAAACUGAAAGAAGCUUUAAUAUAAUAUGAUAAGGCUAUAGAGCUGGAUUCCUCUUAACCUAGUUUUCAUUCAGGAAAAGGUGAAAUUUGCAUUUUUUUAAAUUAGCUCAUACUCUACAAUAAAUGAAUCGGUUUGAAGAGGCUUUAAGUGAAUGGCAAAAAGCAAUUGACUUAGAUCCUUCACAUUCUAAUUAUUAUUCUGGAAGAGGUUAAAUCUAGUCUUUCUAUAAUUAGCAUAUACUUUAAGACAGUUGAAUCGAAAUGAGGAAGCCAUAUUAUCUUAUGAUCUAGCAAUAUAAAGGAAUCCUGAGAACUAUGAACAUCGUUCUGGAAAAGGUUUGAUUAUAUAUUCAUUAAUUUAAGCUUAUUCUUUAAGACAAUUGCAUAGGAAUUAAGAGGCUGUAGAUUGUUUUGAUAGUGCAAUAAGCAUCUAUCCUGAUGAUGCUUAUGUUUAUGCGUAAAAAGGUUGAUCAAUCAAACCAUCAAAUUAGGAAUUGCUUUAAGGGAGAUGCAUCGCUAUAAAGACGCCUUAGUAUGUUUUGAUCAGGCUAUUGAAAAGAAUCCAGAAGAUUAUGAAUACUUUAUUCAUAAAGGUUAUAUUAAUAAUAAUAUAAUUUAGGCGACACUUUACGAGUCAUGAAUAGAGCUAAAGAAGCUCUAGAUUGUUAUCACUAGGCAAUUUAGAGAUCUCCAAAUGAUGAAAAAACUUAUGAAGCAAAAGGUAAAAUUAAUCAUCAUUAUUUUAAAGCUUAGGCAUUACGACUUUAGAACAGGUAUGAAGAAGCUCUGAUAUACUUUGAUAAAGCAAUUCAAAUAAAUCCUACAAAAUGGAUUUUGUACUCAGGAAAAGGUUUAUAUAAAUUAAAUAAAAAUAGGUGAUACAUUAAGAGAUAUGAAUCGUUAUGAAGAUUCUUUGAAAUAUUUUGAUUUAGCAAUUUAAUACAAUCCGGAGGACUCAUAAUAAUAUGGAGCAAAAGGUAUAAAUUAGAUAAUAUAAUAAGCUGAUUCAUUAAGACAUCUUAAUCGAUUUGAUGAAGCGUUAAAAUAUGCAAAUUUAGCAUUAAAGUGGAACCCAAAUCUGGCUGAUAAUUAUGAACUAAAAGGUAUAUAUAAUUCAAAUAAAAGCAAACAUAUUAAAAUUUUAAUUAAAGAUUGAAGAAGCUUUGAAGUUUUUUGAUGAGGCAAUUAAAAGAAAUCCAGAAGGUUCUAAAUAUUAUGCAGAAAAAGGUAGAUAUUUAUAAAUUAAUAUUAAAUUUUAGCUGAUACAUUAAGAGCAGUUAAUCGAAAUCAAGAUGCUUUGAAAUUUUGUGAUAUAGCUCUUAGGAUAGAACCGUACAAUCCUAAUUAUAUCCUAAUCAAAAGUAAAGACUCAUUAUUUUCUAAGUUGUAACUCUAAUGUAAAUGAACCGUUGGAACGAAUCAUCAGAAUUAUAUUAACUCUUAUAAUUUAUUUGUCCAAAUAAACAAUAGCUUGAACAUUUUAAUAGUUAAUAUAUAGAAAUAUUUUUAGGGGCUAUAUUAAUCUAAAUGUAAUAAUACAAUUAAAGUUUCGGAUAAUAUUGA